ACAUCCUCUUAUUUGUGCUUGUCUUCCUUUUUGACCCUGCGAUGUGUUAUUUUCUAUCCAAGCAACAGUUUGAAAUUGAGUGCAGUCAAGACUUUUUCUGCACUGCUAGCAAUCACAAUAGCUUCUGUUCACUUUGAAUGCAGCCUUCCACUUCCUAUAGUGCUUCUUUGACAGAUUGUGGAUUAGACAACAUUUAAAGAACUCAGUUCAGCCAAGCUCACCUGAUUCUGUCAAGUUGCUCUCGGAGUGCUUCAGAUUAACUUGAAGAUGGAGGCUGACAUCUUUGAGUAUCACAAAGAGGAGUGCAGUGUGGACACCGAGUCUUUCCAGGGAGAGAGGAGGAAGCUCAUUCAGCCGACAUCUUUAAAAGACCCCAAACUUGAAAAGCUAAAAGAGGCAUUAGUUGAUUGGAUCAAUGGGACUUUGAAACCGGAGCACAUAGUGGUUCAGAGUCUGGAGGAGGAUCUGUACGAUGGAUUGGUGCUUCAUCAUCUGCUGUCCAGAUUGGCCAACGUACAUUUGCCUGUGGAGGACAUAGCACUGACCAUUGCUGCUCAGACACACAAGCUGGAAAUAGUUCUGGAGGAGUUGGACAAGAGACUGGGCCUGCAGGACAGCAGCCAGAUCAAAUGGAACACCAAGCUCAUCCACAACAAAGACCUUCUAGCUACUGUUCAUUUGCUGGUUGCCAUGGCGAGACGUUUCCAGCGUGAAUUGGAGUUGCCGUCAAAUGUGAAGGUUGAAGUUGUAACAGUGGAGGUCAGUAGCAGUGGAAUCAAAUCCACCGUGCAGACAGAGGUCCUAACAGAGGAUAACAACACAGGCUCAGACUCCUCCAGCAGUACUGAAAGGGAAGAUCCCAUUGAGCAGCUGCUGAAGCUUGAGGCUCACAAGGUCAACACAGUAAAGAAGGCCAUUUUACACUUUGUCAACCAGAAUAUGUCAACCGUGGGUCUGCAGGUGACUGAUAUGGACAAACAGUUUGCGGACGGUGUCAUCCUGCUGCUGUUGAUCGGACAAUUGGAAGGCUUCUUCAUCCCGCUCUGUGAAUUCAGCUUGACCCCUGUCAAUCACUCUGAGAUGCUUCACAAUGUGACCUUGGCCCUGGACCUCCUGAAUGAUGUAGGCCUACAUUUGUCCAGCGUGAACCCACAAGAUAUUGUCUCUCAGGAUGUUGCUGCCACCAUGAAGGUCUUGUAUGCACUGUUCAAGAAGCACAAAGAGAAAUGAGAGGCGACACGUGAAGAGGAAUUCACCAAAUGGAAAUAUGCAAACAGAGCUGAAGAUAGAUGGAGUCAGUGUGUGUGUGGGUUUUUAUUUCUCUCUCUUGCAAGUACUGUAAAUCCAAAAGGAUGAACUUCUCUGUUGUUACGUAUUUUGUUGAUGGAGGAACUUUAAAGCUGCACUGUGUAACUCACAGUGAUUUUAUGUUUUGUUAAUAUCCUGUCUCUGUUUGGUCUCCAUGAACAAAAAUAAUGUAACAUUAUUAUUAUGCCACUUCCUUCAUUUGAAAACAGGAUCUUCUAAGUAGCACUAUUUCUCUUCCUUCUUACACAGCAUGAACAUUUCCACUCCCCCUCUGCAACUUCCCCCGUACAACAGUUCUUUACUGCCACUGCUCAAUAAAAUGCUCUUUUUUAA